AUGUUGGAUGUAUUAGGAGUAACAAAAGGACAUGGUGUGAAAGGUGUAGUAUCACGUUAUGGUGUAACAAGAUUACCACGUAAGACACAUCGAGGAUUAAGAAAAGUAGCAUGUAUUGGUUCAUGGCAUCCAGCAAGAGUACAAUUCCAAGUACCAAGACAUGGUCAAAAAGGAUAUCAUAAAAGAACCGAACGAAAUAAGAAAAUCUAUAGAAUUGGUUUAGGAAAUUGUAAUCGAAAUGGUUCGACAGAUUCUGAUUUAACGGAGAAAACAAUAACACCAAUGGGUGGAUUCCCACAUUAUGGUGUAGUAAGAGAAGAUUUCUUAAUGCUUAAAGGAUGUAUACCUGGUACAAAAAAACGUGUCAUAACAUUAAGAAAAACAUUGUUACCACAAACUUCAAGAAAUUCAUUAAGUGAAGUCAAUUUGAAGUUCAUUGAUACGUCUUCCAAAUGGGGACAUGGACGUUUUCAAACUUCUGAUGAAAAAAAAUCCUUCUAUGGUCCACUUAAAACUAAUUAA